GGCAGUGUAUGUACACACAUAGAAAAAAAGCAAGGCGGGCAUACCAAAUUGGUACAUAUUACCAAUGGAGAAAUGCUAAAGUCUUAAUAUAAAAUCAGAGAUUGCCAGAAGAAUAUAAACCUAGGAAUCAACAGAACAAGUACAUACUAAUGGGUGAGAAUGUGGAUCGCGAAAGUGAGCCAAUUCAUGAAGGAUUGCUGCAAGAGAGUAAAGAAAUCGAGUUUGCAGAGGAAACAAUACUUAAAUUAGAGGUAGAAAUUUUGACGCCUUUUUCUGAGGAAGAUAAUGGAACAGAUAAUAUACUGAAUGAGUUUGAAAUAAAUAAAACGUUGUAUAAUGCGAAAAAGAAAGAUUGUCAAAUGGUGGAAACGACAAAUUCUGUCACGCGGAGAUUUUUUCAGUUACGUAGUACUGAUCCGUUCAUUAUAUUGGGAUUUAUUGAUAUUGUUCGCCGACAUCCUUGCCAUUGGAAUUCGCUGGACUACGACUUUGGACACAAAGACAAAAGGGAUGAAAGCUCGAAGAUCAUUUGUAGAGAACUGAGGGACCUGUAUAACAUAUGCAUAUCUCCACAAUUAGCCCGAUCAAGCAUACUUUCUCUGAUUCGGUGGUUUGAACGUGAAUAUCUCCGUUCGGUGCAGCUGAGUAAGACAAAUACUUCUAAAAGAGGUCGUUGGAGCCGUAAUGGAUAUGUAUGUGCGCAUCCCGAAUAUUUUAACAAAUUACUGGAAUUUGUUCCAAACAAUCAUUUACAACUUCUCUGCUGUGAUAAAUGUCAGCGGAUGUUCAAGACGCAAACUCAAUUUUUGAUACAUUAUCACCAUGCUCAUGGAGGCGAUGCACCAUUCAAGUGCCAUCAUUGUAGUCGUUCAUUUUUGUAUUCUUCUACUUGGAAACGUCACGAAAAUAGGCAUACUAUGAGAUAUAUAUGGAGUUGUCUAUUAUGCCGGCACAUUAGCUCUACAAAAACAGAUUAUAACUUACAUAUGGUGGCACAUACCGACGUUCGUGCAUACGUUUGUGAUCUGUGCGGAGCGUCUUAUAAGAGUAGCACAAGUUUAAAUGUUCAUUUGCGAACGCAUGAGCCACCAAGAUUACAAUGUAAUAUAUGUUUUAAGAAAUUUUACGAAAAUUAUCGCCUUAAACGACAUUUGUUGAUUCAUGAAGCUGAAGCUUCCGUAAAAGCGAAUAUGAAGGGUUAGCCUAAAUUUCUUCUAAAACCUAUUGUUUUAUGGUCAGAAGCAAAAAUCUCGAGACAAAUUUUACCAAAACGUUUUUAAUGAGCCUUGAUGAAUAUAUCUAUAGGGCAAGGUGUGGCGCCUACCAGUUUCACUAACACUAGCAAGUAUACACCGCGAAUGGAACAUUAUACUAAAGCCGGACAUGGGAGAUUAUUGCUUUUGAGAAUAAAAUAUUAGUCAAAUAUGUAGAUAGAAGAUCAUUUCGUCGCUGGAAUAAAGAAACAGUGUAAAUGCCAUAUACACUAUUAUUCGAUAAUCGUACCAUUAAUCUAUUAGAAAAAUCUUUAGCUUUUUUAAAUAUCUUUUUGGAUCACGAACUUAUUCGUGAAAAACGUUAUUUUAUAAUAACAGUGUAGGUACUACAAUUGUUUACAAAUAGUGUAUAGGGCACUUGGACUAUUGUUAAGAAGA